AAAAUUUCAAAAAUUGACGUUUUGUAAUUUUUAAUUAAAAUAAUUUUUUACGGAUUUUUCUAAAUUAAUUAUCUAUAUUGUUGUUCACAUAUUUAUAUCCUUAUAUAUAAAAGUCAUGAGUUAUUUACCAAGGUAUUUGUCUAAAGAUUUUUAUUUAUUCAAGUAUUCAAAUCGCAAGUUAUUUUGUUGUAUGUUUAACUGCUCCUUGUGGUGUAGAAAAAGUUAUUCACAAAAACCUGAUAUAAAUACUUUAAAGUUAAACUCUGCUCAAGAAGAAUUGAAACAUAAUACAUCAAAAACGAAUUUAUACACAUUUCGAACUCAUACGUGUGGUGAACUAAGAUCUAACAAUGUUGGUGAAUAUGUUGUUCUUUGUGGCUGGCUGGAAUAUGUUCGUCUUGGUCGUUUUAUUGUUUUAAGGGAUGGUUAUGGUUCAACUCAACUUAUUAUUCCAAAAAAUGACACAAAAUUAAUCAAUAUUAUAAAGAUUGUUCCUCUAGAAUCAAUUUUGAGCUGUCACGGUUUUGUACAUUCAAGACCUACUGAACAAAUUAAUGAAGACCAGAAAACUGGAACAAUAGAAGUUGUUAUAAAGAAAAUUGAUGUGCUAAAUAUUGUGAAAACUACUAUACCUUUUCAAAUUAGAAAUUUUAAUAAGGCAAAUGAGUCCAUAAGAUUAAAACAUCGAUAUGUAGAUCUACGAUUUCCUGAUAUGCAGUACAAUCUUCGUUUGAGGUCAAAAUUAUUAAUGCGAAUGCGUGAAUUUUUGAUUAAUUAUCGAAAUUUUGUAGAAGUAGAAACUCCUACAUUAUUUAAAAAAACUCCUGGUGGUGCCCAAGAAUUUAUUGUUCCUACUCAUGAGAUAGGUAAAUGUUAUUCACUUGUUCAAAGCCCUCAACAACUUAAACAAUUGUUAAUGGUGGGAGCUAUUGAUAGAUAUUUUCAAAUAGCCAAAUGCUAUAGAGAUGAGGCUACUAGACCCGAUAGACAACCUGAGUUUACACAACUCGAUAUAGAAAUGUCUUUUACUGAUCAAAAUGGUGUCAUAAAACUUAUCGAAGAGUUAUUACUAUAUAUAUGGCCAAAAGAAUUAGGUGAAAUACAAAUACCAUUCCCUCGUAUGUCUUAUGAUGAUGCAAUAAAAAAUUAUGGUACAGAUAAGCCAGAUAUAGGAGGCAAAUUGAAGGGUGAAUCAAAUGAUAUAAAGAAUACUAGCAAAAAUACUAAUCCUUGGAGAUUUGUUUGGAUUGUUGAUUUUCCCCUUUUUGAAACAAGUUCUAAUGGAAAAUCAAUUCAAUCAGUACAUCAUCCUUUUACUCAACCACAAGAAGAAAUCACUUCUUCAAAUAUACUUAAAGUAAAAGGAUACCAUUAUGAUUUAGUUCUUAAUGGAUGUGAAGUAGGUGGUGGUUCAAUUCGUAUACAUGAUGCAGACUUACAAACUAGAGUAAUUGAAUCUAUUUUGAAAAUACCUAUUCACAGUAUGUCUCAUUUAAUUGAAGCUUUAAAGUCUGGAUGUCCUCCUCAUGGCGGAAUAGCUCUUGGAGUUGAUAGAUUAUUAUCUAUUUUAUGUAAUACAAAUAGUAUUCGAGAUGUUAUAGCAUUCCCAAAAACAUUUGAAGGAAAAGACUUAUUAACAGGUGCUCCAUCAGAAAUAACUGAUGAAGAUAAAGAAAGAUAUUACUUGAAAUUUGAAAAGAAAUAAAAUUCUAAAUUUUAAACAAA